UUCCCCGCGCCCUUCACACGAGGGCGGCCUACAGUGCCGGGCCGGAAACUUUUAAUCGUUGCUCUUCCAUACCUGUCUGGAGACGGACAGGUGGAUCCUCGGAGCUUUUCUGAGGUAGAAAGUCUAAGUAACCAGGAAGUAACUGCCGCCUGGCCUUAGACGAGGGAGCCUGUUGCCCGCCGCCUACCAUUAUCAUCGCCCUGAUUGCUGUAGGGAGCGAAUUUCAGACCUUGUCCUCGGUAGGAAGCGCUUCUUCCUCGCUAACAAAACAAGACGUUCGGGGAGCCGGGGGAUCCAUCGCCUCCUCUCUCGGGUUUCACUUUCCUCUGUGGGUUUAUGACUGCUCAUCUGACAGAGAACAUGGAGCUCACACCGUUCUUCAAACUCCCAUCUUCCCAACUCAUUGGAAGUUUAGGAUCUGUUGCUCCCAUCGUACUCAUGAUCCUUCUGCUGCUUCUCUGUUUUCCCUUUAAAAAGAAAAAGCAUCGCUUGUCGAUCAGAACCAGGAAGAAGGACUUAAAUAUGUCUGAACUAAUCGAUCUGACAAAAGUGGAAGAUGGGUUGCCUCCAGAAAGAAAGUCUCUUGCAGAUCAGUGUUUACUCAAAGGUAACACUUUGCCUAGUCACCAAGCAAAGCAGCAAUCAAAUGGAUUUUCUUCAGAGCUUCAGCAAGGAAAUGCAGACUCUCCAAAAUACACACAGGUAGUUAACUCAAGCCAACAAAGGAUGGAGAAACUGAACAUGAAUCAUCAAAGAGACUUGAAUCCACCAGCACCAAGUUCCAACAAACCAUCCCCAAGCCCGCUGCAGUUCAGAAAACUCCCAGUGACUCCUAAAGAGGCCUGCCUGUCUAGAAUGUUACCAUUGACUCAGAACCCAGACAACCAAGUUUAUGAAAGCAUUGGUACUAAAGAACAGGAAUUAUAUAGCAAGGAUUGGUUGGAAGGAAGGACAGGCUGUCAGAUGGCAGCUAAUAAUAAUUCGAUCUGUGCCACGACACUAAGAUUUGGAGCAGGGCCUGUGGAGCUUGGUGGGAAAGAUUCUGAAGCUGCAGGAUCCAACAACAUGCAUGCGCAAUUGUCUCCAGCUGAAACAUGCCAGGAGUCAUAUGGCCAGUUGCAGGACAUGGCACCUGAGAAAGAGGCCCCUCAGGCUCAGCUUGAGUCUGACUCAAGGAGACUAAGUGCCAUGUAUGCUCGAGUGUGCAAGCGUACCAAAGCACUUCAGUCAGCGCAACCUGAAAAUCAUGAUGAGCCUAAGAAACAAGAAGAGGAAGAACCCCCACCCAUUCCAGAAAAAUGUUUUGAGCACAUCUAUGAAAGCCUGAACAUUGAUGGUGAGAUGCAGGUUGGGGACUUGUAGGUGCAUCUCUUUCUAAACUGGAAGGCGUACUGUAUGUUCUAAUCUAAAUGGGCAACUAUAAGUAUCAUGCACUUACACAGAAAGGUCAGUUAGGUACAUUCAUAUGGUGUUCAUAAAUCUCUGUGGUAUAUAUGUGCUAGUGAAGAGUUACUGAAAUGUAAGCUUUUUUUUUUAAACCAAUUCAAGCUGCUACUAUUUUCCAUCUUUUCAAAAAUCCUGGUUCUAGAAAUACUACCCUUCCACUUCUGUAGCAAACACUUUUUCCCCUUCUGACAUCAAUUCUGACUUUCCUGGGCCUUUUUUCAUUGACUGGCCAACUUGGAAGCGUUCCUCUGGCAACGGCAGGGCCGAGAUGGUGGCCACCAAAAAGAUAAAGAUGUCUUUAGAAUCGAUAAAUUCAAGACUCCAGCUGGUUACGAAAUAAGGUAAAUAUGUACUUGGAUAUAAACAAACUAGUAUAUGUUAUCCUAACCAAUAACUGUGCUGCUUCGAGAAAGUCAGAAAUUGAGUUCUAUGCCAAAACUGUUGUGCAUAACUACAGUGGCAACAAUAUUGAACUGGGAACAACUUGUGGGAAGUAUUACAGAGUAUGUACACUUGCUAUAAUUGACCCAGGUGACUUUGACAUAAUUAGAAGCAUGCCAGAACAUGAGAAGUAAAGAAGUAAAAGUUUACUUGAUAAGUUUAUUAAGUAAAAUUAAUAAACUUAAAUUCUGUGUAAUAAAACUGGCUAUAAAUCUAAAA